GUUGGUGCCCCUUCGAGCAUGGCAGGAUCGAUGCUGGUCCAGCGACGGCAGAUGUUCUGGGCAGCUGCUCUUGCAAGCGUGGGUUUGCUUGUCCUGAUAACCUGCUCUUCAACGAGGAGGUCUGUUUUGAAAGAGAACUUGUGGACAGCAGCAUUGAGAAGCAAACAACACAUUGCGCACCACAACGUUGGGCUAGCCACUACACUUAGGGAGGCUUGUCCCGAAGACACUCCGGGAUGUAGACGAUCACACAUGUCGCAGAAGGGUAUCUACAAGUUCUCAGAUGCAGGCUGGCAUCAAGUUCUUACUCAGCCCAGAAAUUACGUCUAUGAUUACUUCACCGACAUGUCCAGCCAGGCUGACGGACUGGACAAGAUGGUCCACUACGUGAAGAACUCGCAGAAGCUCCUCACUGCUCAGGUGCAUGGCAACGGAUGUCACAGCGCACAGGGCCCUUGCACUGCCAGCCAGAACCGCACAGUGCUAGGAGACGAGGUGAUUGACAUCCCCAACGAUGAUGGCUGGCAGCAAGGAGACAUUCACUAUGACGUGGGGGGGCAGUCGAGCCUGCCUGCGACAAUGUACAGCAGCAAGAGCAAGCUGGUGAAGCUGAGGAGGGUGGUGAAGGUUCAUCGACCCUCCAGCAAGUGGCAGUACCUCACCAUCGAUGGGGAUUCAGGGAAAGUGAUGCAAGGAUGACAUGGGAGGGGGCGGCGUGUAAAUGUAUAUGAGGGUUUAUAACUACU